GUCGAUACGCGGACCACGGUGAUGAUCAAGAACAUUCCCAACAAGAUGACCGACCAAGAUCUUCUCUCCUACAUCGAAGACGUUUGCCCGCGGCGCAUCGACUUCCUUUAUCUGCGCAUGGACUUCCAGAACGGUUGCAACGUCGGCUACGCGUUCGUCAACUUCAUCACCGUUCAGGACCUCCUGCAGUUUGCCAAGGCAAGGCUGGGUAUCAAGUGGAACAUGUACUCCAGUGAGAAGGUUUUGCAUAUGAGCUACGCCAACUACCAGGGAAAGGAAGCCCUCAUCGAGAAGUUCAGAAAUUCGUGUAUCAUGGACGAACGCGAGGCGUGGCGU